AUGUCGUUCGUCACAUUCUCCCGCUCAACAUUCCACCAUGUAAGCAGCAGCGCACGUUUUUUCUCCACCAGCUUGCGUGCCCAGCGCGAAUACGCAAAUGUCCUUGUCUCACGGCCCAGCCCAGGCGUGGCACUCAUCACUCUGAACAGACCAAAGGCACUCAAUGCACUCAAUGCUGUGCACUUUCAAGAUAUAUCUGAAGCGAUGAAGGAGGCCGAUGAGGAUGUCAGUGUAGGUGCUAUAAUUCUGACUGGGUCAGAACGCGCGUUUGCGGCUGGUGCGGACAUCAAGGAAAUGAAGGACAAGUCUUGUGAGUAUCUCUCCUUAGUCAUUGAAUACUUUCGGAUAAAGUUUCCCGAAGUCGCAGAAGCCUACACUACCAACUUCCUCGCUGAUUGGGAAGUUAUCACCCAACUUAAAAAGCCAGUUAUUGCAGCCGUCAGUGGUUACGCCCUUGGCGGUGGCUUGGAGCUUGCAUUGCAGGCUGAUAUUCUUCUCGCAGCGCCUUCGGCACAACUUGGACAGCCAGAAGUCAAUCUCGGAGUCAUCCCUGGCGGCGGGGGGACCCAACGUCUUGCCCGUCUCGUCGGUAAAUCGCGUGCCAUGGAACUCGUCCUCACCGGACGUAUAAUUGGUGCGGACGAGGCAGAACGCUGGGGCAUUGUACGAGUUGUACGAGAAGGCAGUGUCGUUGAUGAGGCCGUAAAGGUGGCAAGCGAUAUUGCAAGCAAGGGACGUAUCGCAGUGGGUGCAGGAAAGGAGGCUGUGAAUGCAGCAUUUGAAAUGAGCCUCGCUGAGGGGCUGAGAUUUGAGAGGCGGUUAUUCCAUGCCUUAUUUUCAACCAAGGAUCAGAAGGAAGGCAUGGCUGCUUUUUCUGAGAAACGCAGGGCAGAGUGGACGCACUCGUAA